AUGUGGCUUCGUGAAGACCUUUUAAAGUCAAUAUGGCACGCUUUCACAGCCUUGGACGUGGACCAGCGUGGGAAGGUGUCCAAGUCUCAGUUAAAGGUGCUGUCUCAUAGCUUAUGCACGGUCAUGAAGAUCCCCCAUGACCCCCUGACUCUUGAAGAACAUUUCAGAGAUGAUGACAAAGGGCCACUCUCCAACCAGGGCUACAUGCCCUACCUCAAUAGAUUCAUUCUUGACAAGGUACGAGAGGAUUUUGAUGUGCUGGAGUUUAACAAAAUGUGCUGGACGCUGUGUCAUAAGAAAAAUGUCUGCACCGACAACCUGCUCAUCUCGAACUACGACGCUUUUAAAAUCUGGUGUAUUUUCAACUUCCUAUCUGAAGACAAGUACCCGCUUGUGAUUGUCACGGAAGAGUUGGAGUACUUCCUGCAAAAGCUGACAGAAGCAAUGGCAAGCGGGUGGAGUGAGGAGAAGCUUUCGAAUUCAGAGCUCAAGUUGCACAAGAGACGUUGUCUGACUGUGUGGGAGAUGAUCCAAAUGGUGGGAACUGGUGUCUUCAGUAAGGGAAUGGACCAGCAGAGUCUUUCUAUGGGCAUCAAUGAGGUCUUCCAGGAGCUCAUACUGGAUGUGCUAAAGCAGGGCUACCUGAUGAAGAAGGGCCAUAAGAGGAAGAACUGGACGGAGCGCUGGUUUGUGUUGCGAACCACUUCGAUGUCGUACUACGUUUGUGAGGAUCUUGUUGAUAUGAAAGGGCACAUCACUCUGGACAAAAACUGUUCUGUGGAGUCUCUUCCAGAUAGAGAAAGCAAGAAAUGCCUGUUCAUCAUCAAGUGCCCUGAUAAAAGCUUCGAGAUCAGUGCCUCUGAUAAAAAGAAGAAGGUGGAAUGGAUUCAAGCUGUUCAAAGCUGCAUCCAGCUGCUGAGGCUGGGGCUGCCCUCCCCACACCGGGAGGCCCGAUUGAGGCGCCGCGAGCUGCGCCAGAGGCGGCGGGAGAAGGAGGACGACCUGACCGAGAGGAUGAAGCAGCUCCAGGCGGCCAACGACAGCAACCAGAUGCAGCUGGACGCCAUGAGGAAGAAAAUGGAAGCGGUCGCAGCUGAAGCGGCGACAGAAGAAGAGAGGAUGAAAAAAACCCAGUUGGAUCUGCAGGAUCGCUUCAGACUGGACCUAGAGAGAGAGAAAAUGGUGCGUCUGCAGAUGGAAGAGCAGGUGGCCCAAAAGUCUAACGAACUGGAGCAGAAUCUGCUGCGCAUCCGCCAGAUGGAGGACAUGUACCGUCAACUGGAGGCGGCCUUGGAGGACGAGAGGAAGGCCAAGCAGGAUGAAGAAGCCGCGCGCAAUCUGCAAGCUAGGCUGCUAGAGGAGGAAACUGCCAGGAGGGCAGAACUGGAGCACCUGCACUUCCAGCAGAUGCAGGACCGUAAGGGGGAGCCGGCAGCUGAACACCCUGCCCAGGAGCAAGAGCUGCGGGCCGCCGUGGCACGGCUGGAAAAGGCUGAGACCGAGCGGCAUGGAGCUCUCCGCAAGUAUGAGGAAGUGUCAAGGAACCUGGAGCGAGCGGCUAACAAGACCAAGAAGUGGAAAGACCAAGUGGCCAAGCACGAAGGACUGGUGCGCCUCAUCCAGCCAGGUCACAAGAGUCCACACAGGGUAAGCAACUGGGGCGCGGCUUCCGUUAGCGAGGUGGAGCUGGAGCUGCGCAAGAAGUUGUGGCAGGAGAGCAAAAACCCACCAACACCUUCGAGUCCAUGA